CAUGACCUGACCACCGGCGCCGCGCCACCACACCACCGACCCCGCUUGCCGUCGACAGUUUGACCGGCACGCCUCACACAAACCAACCCCUUUCCUUUCGAGCUCUGCGCCCCCCGCCUUUGGAGAUUCGGUGGCCUUGCUCGAUCCGAUCCGCUGCGCUCACGGCCCGAUCGGUUGCGAUCAGCCACGCCGAGGCACCUGUCGAGCGCUCUCACGCUUCGGUGUCCCCCGUCGGGUCCGAGUGCUCUGCAGCUUUUACUCGGACCGUCUGGGCUCCUCGUCUCGCAUUGCAUAGCUCCGUACUCGCUUCUCGGUUAGCAUUCAUGGCGUCCGCUUGGUGUCCGUCCUCCCAACUCCAAGUCCUUCCCGAACCGACAGGCGGCAGUGAUUGCAGCGCGAACCCGUGAAGGCGGUUUGGCUUCAGGUUGUCUCGGUCGCAGCGUCCCCGCGAAGGACACGGAAAGGGCAGCCUUACCUUCUUCCUCGCAUCGCAUCUCCCUCUGCGCCUCUGCAGCAGCCAAGGAGAACGACCUUUUCAGGAGUCCUUUGAUCCUUGCCCUUUGGUGAAUGCUUGCUUUUUUUUUUUCCUCCACAGCCUUUUCCUUUGCAGUGGUCUGUGUACAAGCCUGCCGCAAAGUGAUCCCUGUCCCGGUCACCAUGCUGAGGCCGUCGUCAAGCAGGAGCCAUAGAAGCAAGAAGCUCAGGCCAAGCCACGGUCUCCAGGUCUUCCUGUUCGUCGCCGUCGGCAUCUGGAUCGUGUACCAGCUGACGCAUUCGUACGGCAAGCGGCGGGUGGUGACUGUGGAGACGGACGGCAUCGGCGGCGAGCCGGCACGGCGCCGGCUGGGGACGAAGGGCUCCGUCGACUUCGCAGCUGGCCAGGCGUCUGUCGGUGACGUUGCUGGGGUCGGGGACGGGAGCGACGCCGGACGGGGAGCCGACUCGUCGGACGAUCCUUCGAGCAAGGCUGGAGACGGCGACGAGGAGGACGACGACCAAGAGGUUGAUGAAGAUGAUGGGGUCGAUAGCGAUGCGGAGGACGGCCUUGCCGCUGACGAAGAGGAGGAUGACAGAGAUCUCCAGUCUCAGGACGGCAGCAGUGAGGAUGAACUGAAGACCGCGCACGGCGAAACUCAGAAAGGACUGAACACAAGCAUUGUUCCUCCGGUGAACGCCACCGACACUCUGCAAGGCGGCGUUGCUGUUCUACUGGCGAAUGCGACUGGCCGUACAGCAGAUGGCACUACUCUGACUGCUCUGAAGAACCCUGCAACAGUUGAUCUGUCGUCGUUGCAUGCCAGAGGAACAGCUGGUGAUAUUAUUGAGAACAAGCCGUUGGCGAACAUUGGGUCUUCAGGUGAGAAUCGGAACCUUCAUAUCAACAAGAACGGGGCUGCAGCAGACACUGUCGCAGGAUAUGGCAUCUUGAGCUGAGAAUGCACGCUGCUAUCCCGGAGAACUCAAAUUUUUCCUGCCGAUUAAACGGCGUGCUCAGACAGAAGCGCGCCCAGCUGAUGCUACAUUGGUUUUGUUUCUGUUCGUUAGGUUAGUUCGUGGUUCUUUGUGUUCUUGAUCAGAUGUCUUUAACUGUAACAAAGUAUUGUCAACAGCGAUGGAGAUGCUACUGCCCGAAGCAUUGUCUUCUUGGUGCAGUGAUA